UUAUACUCCUCCAACCCUCUCUUUUGCGUACAUCAACUCCCUCUCUUUCUUUGUUUGCCCUUUCCAAGAUGAUAGAAGGGCACAUAGAAUGCCUAAACCAGGACCUCCUAAACGAUAUCAUGGCUCACCUUGACGGACCCGCGCUCGCCUCUGCCGCCUCCUCGUGCACCCACCUACGAGCCGCGGCUCGAGACGAGGCCCUCUGGCACACCCUAUGUAACGCAACAUGGCCCUCUACCUUAGACCCUCAAGUUCAAGCCUUGGUCAAGUCUACAAAAGGUGGGUUCGUGAAAUUCUUUGCCGACUCUUUCCCCCUCAUCCUGAACGAGCCCACCCAACCGGACUCGGUUGAGCAUGGCUUGAGCUCGGGGUCGGUCGAGGCGGCUGACCUUGUUUCUCUUGUAGAUAUUUUUUACAGGGGAAAAUGCAUUUUCUCCAAGGUUUUAUGGGGUAUGAGCUCGGAGGAAAAAUACCCAUAUGGAUUUUUCUCCGAAGGCCCCUUCCGGAUCGAUCUCCUCAAUUUCGAGGGCAAUGGGGGUGACGAAGAAGAUGACAACAAUGAUGAGAUGCCAUUGAUGUGUCUGUUGCGGAAGAGAGAAAAAGGAACGGCCUCUAUUUGUCGAAAAUUGCAGAAGAAUUUGAGACUGAGUUGGGUUUCCGUUGACAAGAGAGGAGAGAGGAAGGGGGUUAAUCUGUCGAGCUGGGAGCCCGUUGUGAUCCAGGGUCACUGGCCUAGUGAGACCGACUUCUUGGUGCGGUUUGGCUCGGUCGUUGCUCGAGGGCCGGCUCGGUUCGUCGUCAUAUCGGUUCGGUGUAGGCUCGAUAGGGGUGGCGCCUGUUUAAAGAUGGCAGGCAUAAGCUUGGAGGUCGAGGACUCGGGUGGCUCACGCGUGUGGGGGAGCGAGGGGGUCAUGACUCUGGCCCAUGCGGCCUCGUGUAAGAGGGGUUGUGACCGGACGAGAUCCAUUGAGGGUUACGCGUCACACGUGCGCGCUCAGAGAAGGGAGAAAGAGAGGAGGAUAAAGGGCGAGUGGAUGGCGGAUUGGAUUUGUGUUGGCAUGGGCAUUUCCGUCUUUUUUGCUGCUUUGGGAUGGUUGGCAACCUUUUGAGGGUAUUUCGGUACUUUCGUGCGGCCGGCGCGGAAGGCUUUGGUCUUUCUUGACCUUUUGAGGUCAUUUCUGUCUUUUUGGUUGAUGAACGGCUUGGAUUGGAUUGGAUUGGAUUGGAUUGGAUUGGAUUGGAUGGGUGUGUGCUGGUUGAGAGCGCGCUGCCGUUCGUACUAAUUGAACGCCCAAGGAAAAAUGAACAUAAAACAAAGACUAGAUAUGCUUAAGAGAUAAGAUUGUUUGCCCCAAUUCAUUAAUAAGGCUGUUGACCAUAUCCGAAAAUCGCCGUUGCGUUCAAGAAGGUAGCAUAUUACCAGGAAAGGGGCUAGUAGGUUAUCUAGUGGUGCCCUUCCACCUUGCUAGUAGGUUAUCUAGUGGUGCCCUUCCACCUUGCCACUUGUGGUUUUCAUUCCUACCAUUGCUACACUCCUAUUAACCCAUCCUACCAUUGCUACUCUCCUAUUCUUGUUAAUGAAGAUAAAAAAUUACCUUUAUAUGCAUUUUUUUCUACAUUUGUUUAAGGGUCUUUUCAUCUCGACUUGAAUAUUUUUGGGCAUACGAUUCACUUUUUCUUAUUUACUCUUCUUUUUUUUUUAAAAAAAAGGUAUUAGGGCUUACAGGGAAAAGGGAAAGAGAUGAAGAAGCAGGAUUUUUUGUUCGUGUUUAUGGAUAAAUUGUGUGAAUUUUGUUGUUCAAGUUCUUAGAUCAUUCGAAAAGAAUUACAGGAUAAAUCAUGGAUUUUUUUUGUGAUUUCAAGAAGGUAUGUCGAUUAUGGUUUUCAUCGUUUUUCUCAAUUGAGAUAACAUUAUAUAUUUUUGUAAAUUUUUUUUUUAUAGUGGAAUUACUUGUCGGUUUGCUUACAGACGUAGUUCUACGGGGUGAAUCACGUUAAAUUUAUAUUGUGGUUUGACUCUUUUAUUUCCUCUUAUGAUUAUGAUUCUAUCUUUUAUUUAUUUUUUUAAAAUUAUUGCACACGAUGCAUUGAGCUUAUUAUUAAAUUAGCGAUUUUACAUAUUUUGUUUUGAGUUUGUGAUAUUUGGUGAUCUGUUAAAUUGGACUUUCAGGUUUUUCAGAUCUAGUAUUAGAGUAUUAGAUUUGUAUAAUAUAUUUGGGAGAAUGGAGAGUAAUCGGUUUGAGGUAAAGAAAUUUAAUAGAUAAAAUGAUUUUGAGAUAAAAAGUUCAAGUUUAUGACUUUUUUGUUCAACAAGGACCAUAUAAAACAUUAAUCGGAAAGGAAAAGGAAUCAGAAUCCAUGAGUAAUGAUGAAUUGGAGAAAAUUGACCUUCAGACUAUGGAUACAAUUCGAUUGUGGUUAGCAAAUAAAGUUUUAUUCAAUAUUAGUGAGAUAGAAGACAUCAAAAGGCUUGUG